AUGGCAGGCAUCGCGCUCGGCAUCGCCCCUGCAGUCCGCGAUUGGGCUGCGACUGGCCUGUACGCGGCCAACCUCUGGACCUCGCUCAAUAAGGGGUGCCAUUGCACGUGCACCUUCACUGGGGAACACGACAAAGAGCUGAUCCAGAUCUUGCAGCGCCAAUUGGACAGGUGCGGACCAGAGCAGCUGCGGAGCGCCCCGCCUGAGUGCCCUUCGGUCUUCUGGGAGGUCGCCUCGGUCGUGACCCUCGCGGUGCUCGCCGCGACAGCCCGCCUGGGGGACAAGCUGUACUGCCUGUACAGCCUGGAGGAGAGGUUGUACCACGAGAGGCUUCUCUGCGCCCACGUGGGCGGCUCACGUUGGGUGGUGGCGACGCCUGACGGAGACGUGUACGUCGAGGAUUUUGCCGACGAGGAUCAUGUGGAGAUCCACCGCGCCGGGCCGCGCGGCGGUGCGCCUCCGCAGCUGCGCAAGAAGAUGUUGUACCGCUUCGACCUAGACGACCAGGGCUUAGUCUCUCUCAUGGACGAGGGGGCUCGGCUGGCGGAGGCGGAACGCCGCGAGGCCUCACGCGAGUCGGCGCCACCGGCGCCGCCGCCCGUCCGCCGGCUCCGAGGGAAGCAGCAUGCCCUCCCCGCGGCGCCGGACGGUGGCACGGACACGCCACGGGGCUCCGACGUCAGCCUUGCCGCUGGCGCUGCGGAGCCGCCGCUGCAGCCGCCUGCUCACGCCCCCCCGCCUCUCGCGGGCGCCGGCGGAGGGCCCCUGCCGCCGGUGCGCCUGGGCGACGGCUGGGUCGCCCUCGAGGCGCGGCUGGGCUUCAGGCGGGGCGCGCCGGUGGGCGUGACGUAUGCCACCGUCUACGCCCAGGACGAUCGUGCCAUGGCCUCGUUCCCGGAGGGGGUCAUCGCGCUGGGACGGGUAGGGGCCCUCUCCGACGAGGUACCGGAGGAGCGGCACGGGCCAGCGUCGCCGCGCCUUGCGGAGGUGGUGGCCGAGCAGCGGGAGGUGCUCAGCACUCAGGAGUGGCGCGUGCAGGGGCCUGCUACCAUCGGCUGGCUGCUUCAGGCUCACCUGGGGCAGGAUAGCGGGCCCGUCCAGCGACACUACUGGUGGCGACAGAUCUUGGGGUUGGCUGCUGCCGACCCCGGGGUCGACGAACAUUUGUUCCUGUGCGAGCUGAUCGAGACGGCCACCGCGGCCGACCAGCUCAACCUCCCCGGGUGUGAGACGUUCGAGCUGGCGGCCAGGCGCUUCCAGCUGUGGGGGGAGGUGUGCUCUGAGGCCCUGCGGCAAGUCGAGGUCUCAGGCACCGCUGGGGCCACGUCAGACGCUGACGGCUGGCUGGACGAGCGCCGGAUCUUCCUGGGCGGCACCCGCUCCAAGGGCCACGCGCUGGUGGCGCCGUCCAUGGAGAAGCACGUGGCAGAGAGGAUGCAGGAGGAGAGCGCCAUCGUGAAAGAGAGGCGCAAGGGCAGAGAGGGGCGCCGCAUGGCACGCGGUGUGAGCAGCAGCGGCGCCGACGCCGCACCAGGAGGUGGCGAUCAAGGAGUCUCGGACACUGGCAUGGCGCGCGACGUCCUGCCCCUCCCGCUGGGCGCGACGCUCGACGAGCUGCUGCAUGGGGAGGUCUGGCUGCGCGAGGGCAUCGCCGCGCUGAACGACCUCGGCGGCCGCGGUGAGAAUGCUCCAGCGCGGGCCCUGGCUGCCUGCCAGGUCGCCGCCGUGCGGCGCCUCGCGCAGCUCUACGGCAGGGUGGAGCCACCGCCAUCCGACUUGACUCCCCUGGGGGCGUGGCAGACGCUCCAGGCUUCGCGGAACGGCUAUGCAGACGUCAUGGCCGAAGGUGCUUCGACAACCUACAGGAAGGGGGCCAUGGCGCUCCCGCGGGCUGCGGCCGGGCGUGUGCGGCUUGUUGACGUGCUGCCGCCGCACCUGCAGUCUCUCUUGUCUGAUUCGUCGCAGAUGUUACGAGAGCCUGAGGCUCGCAAUUUUGCUUUGGGUGAGGCUCCCAGGGUCUGUGCCAUGGACCCCGUGCUGCAGCAGCAUGGCUACCAGUUUGGCGAGUGCUUCUCCGAGCUGCUCUCCGCGGGCAUCAUCGAGCGCGCGGUCGAGGGCAGCAUCAUCGAGCGCGCUGGCAUCUUUUUCGUCCCAAAGAAGGACUCGUCGCUGCGGCUGAUCUUCGACACCCGAAGGUCCAAUGCCCAUUUCCAGGACCCGCCCUACACGCUGCUCGCGAGCGGGGAGGCCCUGGCGAACUUGGACGUGGACGCCGCUGGAGGGAUUGCUGUUGCCUCUGGCGACGUCGAGUGCUGCUUCUAUCAGUACGAGCUGCCGCCUUGGGCGCGUGCCUUUUUCGGACUGCCAGCGGUUCAAGCACGCUUCUUGGACCCAGCAGCUCGUCAGCAACUUGGUGUUUCAGACCCUUUGGAGAUGAUCCACUUCGUUGCCAGAGUGGCCCCCAUGGGCUGGUCGUGGGCCGUGCACCUCAUUCAGGAGGCCCAUGCCCACGUCCUGGGCGCCAUCAGCCCGGAGGCGCCCUGGAUCGCUGACAAGGUGCCCACGCCUGCGCUCGGGGCUCAGUGCGCCACCGCCAAGAUGCUGUACAUCGACAACGUCGCAGUUUUCACGUCAGGCAGCGGUGACCCCGCUCUGGAGGUGGAGCGCAUGCUGGCAGCUCUGGGUGAGCGGGGGAUUCAAGCUUCCUUCGAUCGUGAUGACGGGGAUCUGCGCACCCUGCUCGGCUUCGUGCUGCACAAGCCCUCUGCCACCUGGCGCCUUUCGCACAGCAAGUUUUGGCGGCUGAAGUUCAGCCUCGAUUUUGCACUGGCGCCCGGGCGUGUCGUCGCGGGGCGCGAGCUCGAGAGGCUGAUGGGCCACGUCGCCUCGGCCGUCAUGCUGCAGCGGCACGUGCUCUCGCUCUUCCACGCGAUCUACGAGUUCUGCCGGCGCUCGCGGGACAAGCGGCAGCCUCUCUGGCCGUCGGUGAAGCGGGAGCUCACUUGGUUCAGAACGUUACUUCCCUGCGUGACCGCUUCGCUGAGUCGCCCCUGGUGCGACCGAGUCACCGCCACUGACGCCUCGCCAUGGGGGUUUGGCGUCGUGGAACAGCCGUGUCCCGUCAAUGAAGUUCGGCGAGUUGGCAGCCUCUCGGAGCGCAGCCGCUUCAGAGGGGUCCUGACAGCUGACUACGCACCCAGGGACACGCUGGGUGAACAGCAGCUCCUGCACGCCUCGGCGGCCGACGUCACCGCGGAGGGCGCCCUGACCCACUUUGAGGAGGUGCCGGCGGCGCGGCUCUUGGCUGACCCUUGGUCGGUCGCAGCCGCCCGUCGCUGGCGGCGCGCCGCGGCCAUCCACGUCCUGGAGGCUGAGGGGGCGCGCUGGGCUGUUCGGCGCCUUGCUCGCAAUUCGCAGCUGCAUGGACGCCGGCACCUCAUCCUGGGUGACAACCUCGGGGUGGUUUGCGCGUGUGAAAAGGGCAGAGCUGCACACUUUGCCCUCAACGUCGUCUGUCGGGAGAUCUGCGCUAUCUCAAUCGCCUCUGGGAUGCAGCUCAGGUUCAGGUGGAUCCCAUCAGAGCUCAACCCGGGAGACGCUCCCUCUCGCAGGUUUAUGCCAGCGACGGCCUACUGGGUCAACCCCGCCUACGGCAAGCGCGCCCGCGAUGCAGCGGAGCCCAGGCCGGCGCCGACCACCCGGCGCGCCUCCGCCUGGCGCGGCGGGCGCGGGCCGCCAGGCCCUUCGGGCUCCCGCCAGGGCUGGACAUCCCAGGCGCCGCUGAGCGACAGGCCCGCAGAGAUCUGCGCGCGGCGGGCGCGGCUGUGUCCGCGGCUCUCGCGACUGGCGGCUCGUCGGGUGCGCCAUGCCACCGAGCUCUCGUACGUGCGGGCGCUGACCAUGCUCUUGGGUUGGCUCCGGCUGCUGGCGCUGCCGAGUUGGACUGCCGUGCAAUGGGACGAGACGCUGGUGGACUACUCCGAGUGGGCCUUCGACCGCGGCAUGGGCCGGGAGGCGUUCUCGCGCACCCUCUGUGCCUUGGCGUGGGGCGAGCCCGCGCUGGGGGGGCCCGUUCGGCGUCUCUUUCCCUCGGCGCACGCGUCGCUGUCAGGCUGGACGCGGCUCCAGCCGGGACGCUCCCGCCCGCCGCCGCCGCGGGCGCUCGCGCUCGCGAUGGCGGCCGUGCUGGCCUCGAUGGGGAAGCCGGACUCGGGCCUGUGCAUCUUGGUGGCCUUCGAGUGCUACCUGCGCCCGUCGGAGGCCGCGACCCUGCUGGCCAAUCAGCUUCUGCCAGGCAUGUGCAAAGAGGUCGGGGUGCUGCAGCACCCUCUCCUAAUCCUGCAUCCAGAGGAGCUGGCUACCAGCUCCAAGACGGGCGAGUUCGAUUCCACAGUUGCGUUCGACCUUCCGCGACAUCACUGGAUUGGGCGCGCGGCCGUGCGGCUGCAGCGGCUUCGGCACGAGGACGAGCUGCUGUUUCAGAUCUCGUACCCGCAGCUCCUGGCCGUCUUCCAUGCUGCCUGUCAGUACCUCAAGCUCGGCGGUUUGGGCUUCUCGCCGCACUGCCUGAGGCGCGGCGGCGCGACGCGCGACCGCGCCGAAGGCUGCCGCUCGCUGCUGGAGGUGCAGAGGCGAGGAAUGUGGAGAGCGGCCUCGUCUGUCCGGAGGUGCGACAAGGCCGGGCGGCUGGCGCUGGUCAUGCGGAACCUCAGCAACGCCCAGAGGACAAACUGCGAGAUCUGGGCGGCAGCCGCCCCGCGGCUCUUCGACAGCGCCUACGAGCUGCCCUCCGCGCCGGCCGCCUUGGAGCACCUGCGAGGCCUGCCAGGCUUGGAGGGCGCCGACUAUCACGAUGUCGUUACCUCAAACAAGCUGGCCGACAGAAUCGCGCUCCUGCUGGGCAUCGCCCUGAGACCCACCGAUGCCCGGGAAGCGGCCAAAUUCGGUGUAAUGGGUAUCGACCCGAAGGCGAUCAAAGUUGAUUGGGGAGUUGUGCAGCGUCACCUCAAGUCGUGCCAGGAGUUUAUCUACCAGAAAGACGACAGCCCUGAGGAGGUGAAGAAGGUUGCUUCAGGUAUCUUGGUGCAGACAUCGUCUGGGCAGAAUGUUGAGGGGGAUGUGCUGCUCAUCGCCUCGGGUAGAAAGCCCAAAGGUCUGGAGGCGCUCAACUUGGAGGCUGCCGGAGUGAAGUAUGAUGUUGGAAAGGGGAUUCAUGUCAAUGGCAAGCUUCAGAGCUCCGCUGCUCACAUCUACGCUGUUGGAGACUGCCUUGGUGGGUUGCAGUUCACGCAUCUUGCCGGCUUCCAGGGUGUUUGCAUCGUCUUGGACGAGAAAUUUGUGCCCCGUGAGGUGCCUCAACCGUUGCUGUGCGAGGCGCUUGCGCGGCUCUCCCUGAUAUUGACUUUUCACAUUGGCGCCCGCGGCGCCGCGGCGCCGCCCAGGUCGGCGAUCGUCGAGGCCGCGCUGAGGGAGGCGGACGCCCUCCACGCGGCGGCUGCGCUCGUGUCGCCCGCGACCAUGCAAGCGCUGAAGGUGCAGCACAGCAUCACCUGGGGCAGCGACGACGCCCUGGGGUAUUGCCCAGGGCACCUGCAGUCCCCGCGCGGCCCCCUGGCGAACAGGGAGCCCAAGCCGGUGCCCGCGCCGCGCGCCGUGCCCAAGUCGCUCGCCAGGGCCGCGCAGGCGCUCUGCAAGGCCGCGGGCUCGGCGGACGACCUCCAGGACGACCACAACCUGGCGCUGGACCUCGCUGGCACCGCGCGGGACCCCAGCGACGAGUCGCAGUACCGCGGCAACUGCAUCUGGAUAAACCCGCCGGCCGGCACCUCGGCCGACUCGCGCCUGUACGUCGACCUCCCAGAGUCGGAGUUCUCGUACAUCCAGAGGCCCUGGUCCCACUUCCUCACUCGCUGGGCCGCCAUGGACGUAGAGCUCGAGCGCACCUUUGGCGGCAGGGUGCCCUUCACGCUGAUGGACCUGGGCAGCUGCAACGGCUUCUUCUGCCUCCAGGCCGCCCAGGGCUACCCGGAAGCACUGGUGGUGGGCGUGGAGGGAUCCGUGGGCAUCGGCAACGGGACCACCGGUGUGCAGGGCACGGAGGCCCCACGCGCGGGUCCGCCGCCGGCGCUGCCCGUCUGCGUCAUUGCGGCUGCCGGCUUCGCGAGCGCGGAG